AUGUCCAGCUUCUAUCUACCUGUAUUGCUUGCUCUCUUCCUCACCAUCUAUGGAGUCGAUUCACAAGCUUGCCCACCAUGGGUAACGUCUCUCAUCACAGACGCACUGGCACAGCGUCCCGACUUUCCCGGAAUCCAAUUGGCUAUAUCAUCACCGCGCUACGGUAUCGAGUGCAAGACAAGCAUUCACUCGAAUGCCACCGAAUUUGCUGAAGAGCCGCCUCUCCUGGUGGAUACCCCUUGGCGCAUUGCGAGCAUCACGAAAACUUUUACUGCCGUGGCCGCAUUGCGACUUUUCGAGCAGAAACGACUCGACCUUCAUGCUCCAAUUGUAAACUACCUUCCCCAAUGGGCUAUUCCCUAUCUUGAUCAGGAACAAGGAGUCUCAAAUGCAAGCAAGAUUACGAGCUGGAUGCUCUUGCACCAUACAAGCGGACUGGGUGAUUUUGCCUCAGAUCCACGUUGGAGGGAAGCCAUCGUUGCAGACCCACAAUACCGAUGGAGCCAGCAAGCUGUCCUCAAUUGGAGUGCAACUUACGCGGCUCCUGUAGGGAUUCCUGGGGCUAAGUACUUUUACUCUGACACGGGAUAUACAUACCUUGGCCUGGUCAUAGAACAUAUCACACAGACUGGCAUUGCGGCCGCAGUCCGCAAAUUGACUAGGCUCGACGAGUCUUGCAUGCCAUUCACAUAUUGGGAAAUUCUAGAACGGACACCGCAAAAGAUCCCACCACGUGCUGGGCAGUACUAUCAAUCUCUGGACUCCACCCAAUGGGAUGCAAGUUUUGACUUGUACGGUGCGGGUGGGUUAGUCAGUAAUAGCUUGGACCUCAACCAUUUCGCGAAGGCGCUCCAUGGGGGACAAGUACUCGGUAAGGCAGCAAUGGAGCUUAUGUACACCACAGAAUCCUCAGGGACUUAUGGAUGUGGCCUAGUCAAUAUGUCCUACGCGGGCCAUCAGGCAUGGGGUCACACCGGGUUUUGGGGAGCUUGGUCGGAACACAUUCCAUCGCUAGAUCUGACCGUGUCGGGCACCCAAAACCAGGCCACGGUACCUCUGUUUGACCUGAAUCAGUUUGUUCAAAAAUUUGUGCAAGAGGAGUGUUCCCCGAUUUACUUGGAAUAG